CUCACUCCCUCACUCUCUUUCUCUCUCUAUCUGAACUCUGCUCUACAAUCAACCAGCAGCAACGGUUCUAUCAUAUCAGCAAAGGUGCGAGUUCUCCGCCUCUCUCUAUAUCCGCUAUAUCUUCCUACUUGAAUUCUAUCACUCUUCUUUCACAAGCAAUCCCAAUGGACCGAUCAGCGCAGCCAAAUCCUCGAACGGUGGAACAGCUCUUCCGAGACUACACAGGUCGGAGAUCCGGUAUCAUCAAAGCCUUAACCUCAGAUAUUCAGGAAUUCUACCAGCUGUGCGAUCCAGCGAGUGAGAAUUUGUCUUUAUAUGGAUUGCCGAAUGGGAAAUGGGAGGUUACUCUACCUGUAGAAGAAGUGCCUCCAGAGUUUCCUGAGCCUGCCCUUGGUAUCAACUUUCCAAGGGACGGUAUGGAUGUGAAUGAUUGGAUAGCUCAAAUUGCUGCGCACAGUGAUGCUUGGUUGGUCGCUGUUUCUUUCUAUUUUGGCGCCAGAUAUGGUUUUAAAAAAUAUGACAGGAAUCGACUUUUUGAUAUGAUAAACGAUCUCCCUACUGUGUAUGAAGUUGUAACUGGUAGAUCUAAGAAGCUGCAACAAACGGAGAAAUAUAGCAACAUUUCCAUGUCAAACUCCAAAAUGGGAAUGCUACAGCCAAAAUUAGAACCAAAAUUAGAGCCAAAAGUUGAAGAUGAUGAUGAUCUGGAAGAGGAGGAAUACAAUGAUGAUGAUGAGGAUGAAGCGACAUUAUGUGGAGCAUGUGGGAAGAACUAUGCAUCAGAUGAAUUCUGGAUCUGUUGUGAUAUCUGUGAAAAGUGGUUUCAUGGUAAGUGUGUGAAGAUUACUCCAGCUAGAGCAGAGCAUAUCAAGCAGUACAAGUGCCCUGGCUGCAGUAGCAAGAGAGCUCGUGCUUGACAAUAAUAAUUGUCUCAUGGAAAGGGAAGGUGCAUAAUUCCCUGCUGUUACACAGCUUAUUCCAUUUGCUGACGUGGCUAAAAAGGCAUUGACAACUAUUUAAGGGUUAGGUUUGCUGUCAUCUCCAAUGGAAAAGAAGGAUGGGAUAGCGAAAGCGGGAUUAUCUGCAAGUGCCACUGCAUAUGUCCCUAAAUCUCAUGGACCAUCUAAGAGUCUAGAAAAGGUUCACUCUAGUGAACUGGCAGAGGAUGCAUCUGUGAAAAGCCUAGUGACUCAUCCUGCUAGUUCAACAUCACCGGCAUUUCAAUCUGGUGGUGGUGCCUCAGCUUCUUUUCUAGGUGCAGGUUUAUCGCCAAGCUCAUCAACGGGAACAUUGUCGUCAGAAAAAUCAACCUUGAACCCUCAUGUUAAGUUUAAUGUGACUGUUCAGGAAUUUAAGUUCAACACUUGAGACCGGCUUCUCCAGUUUUUGAGGGUCGGUUUUAUUUCCCAAAUAAUGUAGCUGGCGACUGGCGUUGGACACAUGCCUGCUAUGCCUAAUGGCAUUAGGACUGGACAUUCAUUUGCGCACCAACCUGUGUUUUGGUUCCACCGGUUGCAUCUAUGCAGUCAUCAUAGGGAUAAUAUACAUCCGAGUUUUCUCUUCUAUUGAACAUCUCUUUUAUCAAGAAAUUUCAUUUGACAACUGGAUUACUAAUAUCACAUUAUCUUUUUUCAGUAUGAGCAGCAGAUGAUUGUUGCUACACGUCGCAGCUUAUACUCCUGUUGAAAUGCCUUGUAAAGGAGAGACUAUUGACCAAACAACCUCACUUCCGGUCUGAUGGAUUAAAAACGCUUUCGAUGCAUACGACAAGCUCUUUAUGGGCAGUUCGUUGCAUCUAAGAUGCCUCCAAAUCUUCAAAGCUAUAAAUAUGUUCUAGAGAAGUUCGUUGCAUCUAUGAGUUGAUUGAAUGUUUAAAAUAACCUUCAUUUGUGUUUAUAGGAAAUGCCUUAUAAAGGAAGAGAGACUAUUGAUGAUGGAUUAAAAGCGCUUUCGAUGCAUACAACAAGCUCUUAACGGGAUUAAGAUGCCUCAAAAUCUAUAUGUGCUAGGGCAGAUAUUUGGUGCUUCUUGGUUAGUGAUUUUAUUUAUUUCGGGUGUGGGCAUUACGUCAUAUAUUUCAAUUGUGUCAUGAAACAAUAUAAAAAUACAUGCUGCCAGAGUUUUUGGUUAACAUUGAGUUGUAUGACCACAUUUUUCUUUAUAUAAUUUAUGUAUUUGUUUUGUAGUUGAUA